AUGAAACCCAAUGGGCCGUCUCUGGACGCUCUUGCGGUCGUCUCAUUAGUGCUGGAGGGGAUAAUUUACGGAGCUUCACUCAUCUUGUUCACCGUGAUCAUCAGGGUGCUGCUACGCAGAGACGGUCCGAGGCGCGCCUUCUUCUGCAAGCUGACCACUGCGAUUGCCCUAUGCAUCCUAAGCACCAUUCACAUGGCGAUAAACGUGGUACGCGUCGUGGAGGGGUUCGUCUUGUACCAAGGUACAUAUCCCGGGGGGCCAACUGCGUUCUUCGCGGACGUCACGCAGUGGAGUUUUACCUUCAAGACCCUACUGUACCUUUUGCAGACAUUGAUUGGAGACGGUAUUGUGAUUUUCAGAUGUUUUAUCGCAUGGCAGUCCUGGAAAGUAGUCGCUUUUCCGAUCGCGCUCUGGUUCGCGGUGGCUGGCGGAGUUAGCGUCUAUCACACCGUCUGUGCUUAUGGAGACAACUACAACCAAACUACCCAGUCUCCACGAGGAAAUAGCGUGUGGGCACUCACUUACCUUGUUUCGACCCUCGUCGCAAACUCGACUGGCACAUUUUUACUGAUCUAUCGCCUCUGGAGCAUCGGACGCGAGGUCACGCUCUCAGCGCAUCAAGCUGCCCUUCGACAUGGUGACGCGACCCCCGUGUAUACCCGCAGCUUAGUGACGGCGCCGCUAGUGCGUAUCUUCGCAGACGCUGGGCUGCUUUAUUCGGUCACUCUAGUCGGAGUGCUCUUGACCUACACGAUGCGGAACAGGGGACUUUACGUUCUGCUUGACACGCCCAUCGCCCCUGCCCUCACUUUCUUUCUGUUGCUCUGCUCAACUAUCUUCGCCUCAUCUCAAGUAGCAGAGGCAAGAUUAAUCGCCUUCAAGGACGGUCAUAAACAAGUGACACCUUCACCCGCGUUCAUGGCGCGAGACGAGCAGAUGCGUGCUGAGACUGAGCAUACGUUCGAGGAGGCGGUGGCGUACGCUAUCGUUGCAGCACCUCCGAUUCCUGGGAUGACAUGCGAGCCUGUUCCAAUCCACGAAGACGUUCGGGACAUGGAAAUCGAUGUCAACUGGAAGGGUAAUUUCAUGAACACGGUUCGAGAGGGAGAAGGAGGAACAAAGCUCGGCAAGGGGGUGUAG